GCGCGCUGAACACUCAGUCACGCACAUGUAACAAACAAAAAUGAAGCCCACAUGUUUCUUCUUUCUCAUCAUUUGGGUCACAGGAACGGAGCUAAAACCCCGGAAAGGGCCCGGGGUGGUAUGCACCUUUAAAGACAAGACCUUCAGUCCAGGAGACAGCUGGCAUCCCUACCUGGAGCCCUUUGGCCUCAUGUUCUGCAUGCGCUGCCUCUGCUCUGAGAUAGGUCAUGUGAAAUGUAACAUCAUCAAAUGUCCGGCUCUGCCGUGUGAACGCCCGGUGGCCGAGCCUCAGCAGUGUUGCCCACGAUGCUCAGGUGAGCCCCGGGUCCCUGCAGGCCUGAGGGCGUCCGCCAAAUCCUGCAGGCACAACGGGAGCGUCUACCGGCCGGGGGAGAGCUUCACGAAGCUCGACCUGUUCCCGUCCAGGCGGAGCGACCAGUGCGUCCUGUGCACGUGCUCCAAUGGAAACAUCUUCUGCGGCCUGAAAACAUGCCAACCGAUCACCUGCCCCUCCCCCGUCGCGGUCCAGGAAACCUGCUGUUUGGUGUGUAAAGAUCACGGCACCAGCGGCUCCUCGUCAACGGAGGAUGGGAACCAGCAACUCAACAGAGGCGCGAGACAUUCGGUGGACCGGUGCUCCGGAGAGCAGAGCAGACCCCGGUUCGACCGGGCCUCUCCUCUCAGGGCGAGGGCUUCACCUCGAGGCCCGAGCCUCAGCAAACUGAACCUCAAAGGGGCGUCGGAGACCACCGUGAAGAUCGUCCUGCAGAGGAAACAACGAAAAGCUUGUUUAUACAACGGCAGGACGUACUCGCACGGAGACGCCUGGCACCCGGUUUUGGGGAAGGUCCUGGAAUGCAUCCUGUGCACUUGUACCGACGGCCUCCAGGACUGCAAACGCACCGCGUGUCCCAGGCAGUACCCGUGCCAACACCCCGUGAAAACGGCGGGAAAGUGCUGCAAGUCGUGUCCAGGAAGUAGAGCUGGAAGUAACCAGACCCGGUGUGGCGGCGGGUCCAAGAACAGCCUCUCGGUGUAUAAAGUGGACUCGCCUGUGAAAGCGGAUCCACCCAACGCGGUUCGGAUCGUCGCCGUUGAAAGACAACACACCGCUGAGGUGGAAGUGCACGUGUGGAAGGCUGUGGAAGGGACCGCGACUCCUGGUGUUUUACAAUUAAUGGAAAUUGGUGACGUUUUCAGAAAAGCUUUUGUGGAUCAUCCAGAAAAUUACACGUUACUUGCAACACUUGCUGAAGAGCCGUGGAAAAGGUUUAAAGAGCAGAGAGGAAAUCUAAAUUCAGCUCCUCAGGCCACAAUCUGUGAAGACGGCAUACGGGAGAUUAUGACUUUCAUAAAUCCCGAGCAGAUACAAGAUGUGUGUUCACCGUGAUGGUUUUUCCUUUUUAUAGCCUCAUAUCCCCGAUAACAUACAGUAAAUACUUUAUUCAUACAUGUCCUGCAUUAUUAUUUCUCAUUUAGAAUAUUGUUUAUGGAUCGAUGCAUUGUGGUCCAUGUUUUUAAUCAUCACGUAUUUUUACUGACAUGGUCAUAAAGGAGGGUUGACACUGUUGAUGUUGAAUGAUAUGCUGAUGACACUUUGCUUUAUAUAUAUAAACAUAAUCCGUUUUUUUAAAGAAUACGUUCGACGAAGGGCCGCAGUUCGUUUUUUAAAGGAUGUUAUAUGAUCAUCAACAUAUUUAUUGUACAUUUAAACAAAGGCUUUUUCCACCUUUAUUUAAAAGGUAUUGAUCUCGUAUAAUUUCUGUGUUUAUCGACAUUUGACUAUCUGAAUGUUUUUUUUCCAUGAAGUAGAAAGAAGCAUUGCUUUGGGUUUCAUGCACAGCUGAUGUUAAACUAUACACACGCUGUCUUUUUUUAAUUCUUAUGCCAUUCUACAGCUACACAAACCAGACGUGUGUACUUUAAGGUGGUCGAUGUAGCUGACUGUACUCUGUAUCACAUAAAGUUUUGUCAGUGUUUUAUAAAGGUCAGAUUUUUUCUUUUCA